UCAAGUCUUUUUUCUUUUGAGUUCAAAAACUGUAUCAAAAAAAUACUYCCAAAAACCUCUUUCUUCGUAAAAUUCUAGCCUUCAAAACCGUUCACGUUCCUCAUAGGGCAUCUUUAUUUCUCCCUUUAACAAAUACCGUCAAUAUUCGCCAUGUUUAGUAUGUAAUUGUGGUAUAAAAGGAAUGGAAAUGGUGGCCUUUUCGACUCCAUACGACCAACUUAACAGACAAGACAGGCAAGCAAACAAGGCGAAUAUCUCAGCACAUCGCGUCCUUACUCAUGUAGUUGAGGGCUUUAUUAUUCAAGAAAGUAACUUUCCUUUUACGGCUGAUGACGAUGAAGAAGAUUACGACCCUCUUCACAACAGUAACCAUGAUCACAACGGAGACAUUGAUAUGGAGACUGGUAGUGAAGCCCACAGCCCACUAAGCAUUGACGAAAGCAAUGACGUAUUCUAUGAAUCCAAUUACCUUCCUGGCCACUGUGAACAGUGCGGUAAUGUCACAGAGAUCCACCAUCAACGUGGACCAAGGAGGUUUUGUUCUACUUCGUGUGCGCGCCGAUACAGCGUUAGCUGCUCACGUAAGAUGAUGGCUUAUCAUGCACGGAUGAAAAGUCCACGAGGGAGACAACCAAGUACUAAUAAUAUCACUGGCGUGCAAGGACACAGAAAAGCUUUACAUUCCACAUCUAGAAUAAACAUUGAUCAUGGAUUUGAACCAUCCACGGUUAACGCUGCAGUACAAGUCAAUGAAUUUGAUGUUCCUAGUAUGCACUUUGAUUGGACUCGAGGCGAAGUUGAACCUCUUUGGAUAUACGAACACGUGGAGGAGGCCAAGUGGGAUGUAGAACAAGUCGCGAAUUAUAUAAGGUCUUUAACUGGAUGCGAAGAAUACGCCGAUGCAUUUGUUACAGAAGAGAUAGACGGUCAAGCACUGAUGCUACUGAGAGAAGAACACAUGGUCGUUGCCUUGAAGAUGAAACUCGGCCCCGCUCUUAAAAUCGUUGCCAAAGUUAACGCUAUGAAAAGAGAAGCCUACAAGAAGCUCACAAAUUAAGUUGCAGGAAACUAGAGGAGCCAUCUGGUUCAACACUAAUACCUUUUAAUGUUAUGUCGGCCAUUUUGAAAAGUAACCAAGCUUCGUUAUGAGAGUAAAGGGAUCGACUUAGCAUUAAUAAUGCUUCUUAAUAUUUUUUUUAUUAAAAGCUUAGCCUUACGGA